AUGACCUCCCACCGAUAUUUUUCUAGCAGCAUGCUGAAUAUUUUUGAGCAUAGUUCGAUCCCACCCACAAAUACAAUGAUCUCUAGCCAAAUAUUCAUCUGGGUAGUUUUCUUUUUAGUCCUUUCAUCCGCUGCAGAAGCAGAUAAGUGUAAUCGUUCUUGUGGAGAAGUGGAAAACAGAGUGCCAUACCCAUUUGGAUUUUCCGACGGUUGCGAAAUCAAGUUAAAUUGUAGCGAAAACAAUGGAAAUAUCCAUAUAGGCGAAUUUUUGGUCCAGAAUUUAACGUCGGAUCGUAUCUUGGUUAGUCUUUCGGGAAAAUGCAACCGUCCGAUUGAUGCACUCUAUCCCCUCUUCGGUACGAACUUUGCGGUUACUGGACGAAAUGGACUUCUGCUACGGAACUGCAGCCAGCCGGUCAAUGAUUUUACCAUUCCCAGUAACUUGCUUCAUUCUAUUUUCAAGAUUGAUGGGUGCGAUUUUGAGGAUAGAAACAGUAGUGGUAAUUAUAAUAACACUUUAAGUUAUUAUGCAGAGGCAAAUGAUAGUUUUGUGGAGUUUUUGAACUAUGAAAAAAUUAGAAGAAGGGGUAACUGCAGCCUUUUAUUUUCGUCGGUGACGGUGGACUGGAAUCGGAAUGGAAAUAAUAGUACUAUUAACUUAACUGAGAACCCCUCUAUAGCGCUGGAGCUGCAGGCGCAGAAGGUGGAGCUCGGGUGGUGGCUGCCGGGCGACUGCAACUGUGCUCCAAAUGCAAACUGUAAACAUUUUAAUGGGACUGGGUUUCGUUGCCAGUGUCAAAAAGGAUAUUCCGGGGACGGUUUCCCCAGAGGUGAAGGUUGCAAGAUAGUUUCUGAUUCGAAUCUUACGUCUGGAGCCAAAGUAGGCUUUCUCAUUGGAGGGAUUAUUGCUGGAGCUUCUUUGGUUACUGCUGCAGCUUUCAUAUGCUACUGCAUGAAGAAACGUGCUGCAUCUCUCAGGAGCCGAUCUAGUGCUAGGCAACUGCUCAGCGAGGCAGCAGGCAACUCCAGUGUACCCCUCUAUCCUUACAAAGAAAUUGAGCGAGCUACAAAUGUCUUUUCUGAAAAACAAAGGCUGGGAACAGAAAUCAUUACGGCAAUGAAAGCAGUAGACUUUUCUCGACCUCAAAGCGAGAUUAACUUGGCUGCUCUCGCAAUUGAUAGGAUAGGGAAAGAUCAUAUCGAUGAGAUAAUAGAUCCACUCCUAGAGCCAAAUAGAGAUGCUUGGACACUUUCAUCCAUUCACAAAGUCGCAGAGCUGGCUUUUAGAUGUCUUGCAUUUCACUGCGACACAAGACCCUCAAUGAUGGAAGUAGCAGACGAACUAGAACAGAUCAGGAUCAGCAGCUGCGCACUAUCGGAUGAGAAUGUACGUACGGGAUCAUCAGUUACAUCCUUGUGCUCAUCACCGCACAAUGGAAGUGAGCAAUCCGUAAAUGCUACAGCUAAGAAGGCAGGUGUGGGAAGUCAGAGAUUGAUUGUUCCACAGAUGGCAGGACCGGCAGGAGUCGGCCUGGCUACAAUGGAGGAAGACGACAGUUCUCCGGUUUCUGUCCAUGAUCCUUUGUUGAGCGAACAAAGCUCACCACCAUCAACAAAUAGCUUAUUAGGUAAUGUAGUUCAAUGA